AUGGCUAAUUUCACGACAAGUGGGUUUCUCCUCAUAGGAUUUUCUACCGAGCCCGAGCUAGAAUUCUUCUAUGCCUGUCUGUUCUUCGUUCUGUACUUGUUGGCUUUAACAGGCAACAUGCUCAUCAUCACCACAACUUCCCUGGAUGACAGUCUCCAGUCCCCCAUGUAUUUCUUCCUGAAGCAUCUCUCCUUGUUGGAUCUCUGCUACAUUUCCGUGACUGUCCCGAGAUUCAUUACUAACUCUUUCUUGCAUAGAGGAAACAUUUCCUUCUGGGAAUGCGUUCUUCAGUGCUUUUUCUUCACUCUCUGUGCGGGUGCUGAGGUGGCCAUGCUCACGUUGAUGUCCUAUGAUCGCUACGUGGCCAUCUGCCUGCCUCUGCGCUAUGAAAUCAUCAUGGACAUCAGAACCUGUGUCCAUGGAGUGGUCGCAGUCUGGGUCAGUGGGACCAUCUGUGGAGCCAUGCAUACGGCAGCUACUUUCUCCAUCCACUUCUGUGGACCCCGCAUCAUUCACCAGUUCUUCUGUGAUGUUCCCCAGAUUAUGAAACUCUCCUGUUCUAAUGAGUACCUGGGUGAGAUCGGUGUCACUGCCUUCGUGGCUAUGCUGUCUUUUCUUUGUGUCAUCUUUAUUGGGUUCUCCUACGUGCACAUAUUCUCUUCGGUGCUGAGAAUGCCAUCUGCUGAGGGCAGAGCCAAGGCCUUUUCCACUUGUCUCCCCCACCUCGCUGUUGUCAUAUUAUUUCUUUCUACAGGUGUCUUUGAGUACUUAAAAUCUCAUUCAGACUCUCCAACUGUGUCAGACAUUCUGUUCACUAUUAUGUAUACAGUAAUUCCACCAACGUUUAAUCCAGUGAUCUAUAGUCUGAGAAAUAAAGCUGUAAAAUUAGCAGUAAGAAAGCUCUUGUUCACUGAGAAAGCUAUAGUCUUUUAA